ACUUAAUUCUUAUCUCGUCCAAAUAUGCAAUUAUGCAUGUCGUAAAUUGGAAAAAGAAGGUCAACUCAUGUAAAUUUCUCAACCGCCAUUUGUUUGACCCAAACAAAAUGUCUGGAUUCAUUUAUAUAUCUCACCUUUUUAUUUAUUCGCCGCCAUAACGAUAGCUUAUUGAUCAAUUUUUAUUUUAUAUGAUGAGAAUGAGAAUACGUCUGCUUUAUUUAACCUGCAGUGUUGGUGCGAUUAUUAUUCAUGUUACCCAUCAAAACAAGAUAAAAAUAAACAUCCCAACAAAAAAGUCCAAGCUAUUUACUUUGUUUCCAAAUCUUUAUUCUUCGGUAGCUCCAUAUUCCAGAGUUUCUCUCUUCUCAUGGCUCAGUUGGUGGUGAGGGUGUUAACCAUGACCGACGAAAAGACGAAGCAGAAAGCCAUGGAAGCAGCGGCCGAUAUUUUGGGUGUGGAUUCGAUCGCAGCAGAUGUGAAGGAUCAGAAGGUGACGGUGGUGGGCCAAAUGGACGUAGUUGCUGUUGUCAACAGACUCAAGAAAGUUGGUAAGCUCGAGAUAAUGUCGGUGGGCCCAGCAAAGGAACCCCUAAAUACUACUCCUAUUCAAGAGGAUAAGAAAUAAGAAACUAAUUUAACAUAUAAUUUCAUUUUGUUUCUCUAACUUUUUGCAAUGUGGUUCCCUUCUCCAUCCCAAUUUCAAGUGUGCACCUUUUGUCAUGUAAGGUUUCAGUAGGUUUUAUUUAUUUGAUAUUAAAUUAUCAAAAUAUUUUGUAUCCAAAACUCUCUAAAAUUACGUACGAUAUGUGAUACAAUUCUAACAAA